AUGUCACCGGCGGCUGCCGCUUCCUUGCCCGUCAGCCGACGCAAGUUGCGCGUUCAGCCGAACGUCAAUGCUGUUCGUAAAAGACCGAAACUGACCGUGUGGCCUAAUGGAUUUGUGUUAGGUCUUGGUAUUAAUGGGAAGGUCGUCCAGUGUUACAACAAGAGAACGAGGGAAAAGUAUGCUUUGAAGGUGCUGCAUGACAAUACGAAGGCAAGGCGGGAGGUCGAUUUGCAUUGGAGGGCCAGCAACUGCCGGCAUAUUGUGCAUAUAAUUGAUGUUUAUGAGAACAGUUACAGUGGAAACAAGUGCCUUCUUGUUGUUAUGGAGUGCAUGGAAGGUGGUGAACUGUUCCAGCGAAUACAAGACAGGCAAGAUGGAGCCUUCACUGAAAGGGAAGCAGCAGAAAUAAUGCGAGAAAUCUGCCUAGCUGUCAAACAUCUUCAUGAUAUGAACAUAGCUCACAGAGAUCUGAAGCCAGAAAAUUUGCUUUAUACAAAGCCAGAUCAUACAGGUAUAUUAAAACUGACUGACUUUGGGUUUGCUAAAGAAACCUUUUCGAAGGAUACCCUGCAAACACCAUGCUACACACCAUAUUACGUUGCACCUGAGGUACUUGGACCAGAAAAGUAUGACAAGAGCUGUGACAUCUGGUCAUUGGGUGUUAUAAUGUAUAUUCUGUUAUGUGGUUUCCCACCCUUUUACAGUAACCAUGGCCUGGCAAUAUCACCAGGUAUGAAAAAACGUAUACGAACAGGGCAGUAUGAUUUUCCAAACCCUGAGUGGCAGAAUGUUUCACAAGACGCAAAAGAUCUUAUCCGUGGUAUGCUGUGUAUCGAACCGACCCACCGCCUUACAAUAGAUCAAGUGAUGCAGAAUAAAUGGAUUGCUCAAUAUACAGAAGUACCACAGACUCCUUUACAUACUGGUAGAAUGCUGCGAGAAGGGGAAGGUAUCUGGCCAGAAGUUCAAGAAGAAAUGACACGCUCAUUAGCAACUAUGAGAGUUGACUAUGACCAGGUUCACAUAAAAAAUUUAGAUAAUUCGAACAACCCUCUUCUCAAUAAACGUCGUAAACGUGUUGCAGGAGAUGCUGGUGGUAUUCACCAGCAAUAAUUUUGAACAGUGUCUGAUAUAUUUGCUAUAUUUAAUGGUGCUGCUAACAAAGUGAAGUGUGCCACAAUAGAACAUUGAUGAGGGGUUAUAUAAGACUCUGUACUGGGCUUAGUUUUGUGGCAAAGUGAUUUGUGAAACUGUAUGUGUGUCUGUGUGUGUUAAGUUUUUUGGAAUUUCAUAGGGGAGUAUUAACUUUGAGUAACAGAAAGUGCAGAGUUUGUUAGUACAAAUUCUUACAUCUGAGCUAAAAAUACAGUGAAAACGAGAGUUUUGUAUGGGUUGUAUGAUACUGUUUCUAUACAGUAAAUCAUUGAUAAUUUUUUGACAGUGUGCUUAAUCUCCUCUUUGAACUGUUGGCAUAUUUUAGCUACUUAAUUUUUCAAAACAGUAUUUAUGCACUUACGUUCAGCUGUGAAUUUCAUUUACUUUAGUUUUGUAAGAAAAUCUCGGUAUACUUCCAUGCAGAUCUUAAGAUCAACACAUCAGCCAAAGGAAGAGUU